AUGACCGGCUCCUGCUGCGGCUCCACCUCCUGCCAGCCCUGCUGCCCCCAAGACCCCUGCUCCUCUCGCCCUGUGUCCUUCCAGACCACCGUGUGCCGCCCCGUGACCUGCGUGCCACGCUACACACGCACCAUCUGCGAGCCCAGCCGCAAGCCCAUCUGCUGUGACCCGUGCAGCCUGCAGGAAGGCUGCUGCCGGCCCAUCACGUGCUGCCCCUCGUCGUGCACGUCCGUGGUCUGCAGGCCCUGCUGCUGGGCCACCACCUGCUGUCAGCCCAUCUCUGUGCAGUCCCCCUGCUGCCGGCCCCCCUGCUGCCAGCCUGCCCCCUGCAGCACCGUCUGCAGGCCCUCCUGCUGCUGCUGA